AAUUCAUCAAACCCGGAAAAACUCCCAAACCCACAGACAAUCAAACGUCUAUUCGUUCAUUCUUACACCAACCAAUAUAGCCUUCAGGCCGUUUCUCUUCUGAUCGGAGAUAUAUAUAAUAUCUAUAUUCAUCAAUGGCGGGGGAGGAAGAUCCGAGUGUGUUGGUAGUGGAUGAGGCGUACGAGUUCUCCGCUCCUCGGUUCUAUGAUUUCGUCUGCGGCGAGACUCGAGAGGACGCUGAAAAGGCGGAACUUUGGUUCGAAUCGGCACGCAGCUAUGCUCCUUCUCCUUUGAUGCCGAGGAUAAAGGCAAAUAGAUUCGCCAAGCUUGAGAGUCUGUGUGAUUUGACUGAAGGAGAAGAGAUGAAGAAGGGCCAAGAUUCAAUGUCAUCUUCUGUCGCAUCCUCACACACUCCAAGUGAAACAGGGUUGGUGCCAACAGACCAAACGAGGACUCAAUCUGAGCCUGAACCAGUCCAACUUCAGGAAGAAAUGGCUGAUCAUCUUGUAGUUAAAGAACCUGAAUUGGCACCAUGUGACACGCAGCCUGUUGUUGUUCCAGAGAAGCCAUCCUCUCUACAAGGAGCAUGCACACCUCUACCACCUAAAGCAACUUCUCAGAAGGCAGUUCAGCAGAGUGAUGCAAAGAAGCUCCAGACGGCCAAGAAGAUUGCAAGCAUUAUUAGGAAUCCUUCUGUAUUGAAAUCGAAGACCCAAUCACAGAUGAAAAGUAUCAAUCCAGUUAGCGCAAGAAGGAACACAAACAUGAAAAUGACCUCAGAGACUCCAAAUUUUGUUCAAGAAAAUCAAGCUAUAAAGAGGCAAAAACUGGAAGGGGGGAAAUCUAGACAGAUCCUAAACAUCAAAUCCCUAAACUUGCCUCACAAGUCAAGACCCGGUAUGCCUAGCAGCAAUAUCAAAGCACACCCUCAUACUGCUACUUCAUGCAGAGAAAACAGAAAGAUUUAUGUUCGAGAACCAGUGGCCCCAUUUGUUUCAAUGGCGGAAAUGAUGAACAAGUUCCAGUCCAAUACUAGGGACAUGUCACUGCCACACACGAGUUGUGCAAUGCCACAAGAUGGUGUGGCUGGAUCAGUGCAAAGGAAGCCUAAGCUCACACUUACAAGGCCUAAAGAACCUGAACUUGAAACAUCACAUCGUUACCGUCCUGUAAAACUAAAGAGCUCGGCGGAGUUAGAGGAAGAAAUGAUGGCAAAAAUUCCCAAGUUUAAGGCUCGGCCUUUCAAUAAAAAGAUGUUUGAAGCUCCUUGCUUACCAGAAUGCCCAAAGACUGCACCCCAACUUCCAGAGUUUAAGGAGUUUCACCUUGAAACAAUGGCAAGGGCCAAUCAAAAUGCAGAAACAUCUAGCGUAGCUUCAGCAGAACUCAACAAUCAGUGUCGUCAAUCGAAGCCACCACAUCUUAAAGCUCCCAAAUCACCUAUUCUCCAAACCUUGAUGCGAGCACGGCCUCCUAAGAUAAAAACUUCUGAAGAACUCGAAAUCGAAGAACUUGAAAAAGUUCCCAAGUUCAAAGCAAGACCAUUGAAUAAGAAGAUCUUUGAAAGUAAAGGGGAUGUUGGGGUAUUUUGCAACACAAAGAGGCAGGUGACUGUGCCAGAAGAGUUUCACUUUGCUACAGAUGAAAGGAUCCCACCAACACCAGCAAAUGUUGCUGAUAUAUUUGACAAGCUGUCACUGAACUCAGAACCUCAUAAUGACAAAUAUGUUCCUAGAAAUACCAUGCCAAAUCCUUUCCAUCUACACACAGAGGAGAGAGGGGCAGAGAAAGAAAGAAGGUUGUUUGGAGAACUUCUGCAAAAACAGAUUGAGGAAGAAAGGGCCAGACUUCCUAAAGCAAACCCUUAUCCCUACACUACUGAUUACCCUGUGAUUCCUCCCAAACCAGAUCCCAAACAGUGCACAAGACCAGAACCUUUUCAAUUAGUGAGUCUGGUGAGGCAUGAACAUGAAAUACAGAGAGAGAUGGAAGAAAGGCAAAGAUUAGAGAAGGAAGAGGCCAUGAUGAGAAUAUUCAAAGCACAACCUGUCCUAAAAGACUGCGAUUGCAGGGACCCUAUUCCAGUUCCUGAGAAAACACGUAAGCCCCUCACUCAGAUUCAGGAGUUCAACCUGCACGUGGAACAUCGUGCGGUGGAUAGAGCCAAAUUCGAUGAGAAGAUCAAGGAGAAAGAGGUUAUAUAUAAGAGGUACAGAGACGAAGCAGAUUCUGCAAGGAUGAUGGAGGAGGAGAAGGCUUUGAAACAGCUUAGGAGGACUUUGGUCCCACAUGCAAGACCAAUCCCCAAGUUUCAUCAACCAUUCCAACCUCAAAAAUCAUCCAAACAGGUGACGAUACCGAAAUCACCAAAGCUAGAAGUGCUUAAAAGAAAAGAGAUUCGAAAGUUUCAUCUGAAAACAGCAUCAGCUACUUCAAGCACUGCUUCUAAGAUGAGGUGAAAAUGUGAACCAAAGUGAGAGAGGCUUGUAUUGUAUGUUCAAGAAUCCUUGAAAGGAAGGCAUCUGUUGUAGGUCUACUCAGUUUAUAGUAUAUGUUGUGUUAUUUUUGUAUAUUUUUUUAACAUCUAAAGGGUUAUUCAUUCGUUUAUUUUACUGAUGAAAGUGUGAAUGAAACAAACUAGUCUCACAUUC